GUGCAGGAGGCCAGUCAGUCAGUUGGUCUAGGUGAAGGUGUGACGGAGGGAGAGAGAGAGAGAAAUAGAGCACAGAGGAACACAGUGAUUUAAAUGGAGGGAAGCAGUGACGGAAUGAAACAGUGACCUACUACCACUACCACCACCACCACUACCACUACCACUACUGCUGUUACUUCCAUUUCUAGCGUUAUCGUAGUUACCUGACAAACCAACGAUGUAGUGAUACCAUGUGACAGUGACCUAUAACUACUACUCCUGCUACUACUGCUCUGCUGCUACAAUAUCUCCGCUGCCGUCCACUGCUCCUGCUACCUGCUCCCCACCACAGGACUGCUACUGUUCAUCCACCGCUAACAACUACCGCUGUUUCUUCCACUUGUUCCUCUCAAUACGACUGCUCCUGUUCUUCCUCCUGCUGUCCACUGCUACUACUGUUACGUUAUUCCUAUUCACAUUACUGCUGUUACUCUCUGAUUUCUGCUCUUGUUGUUUCCUUAAGUAACUUCCCCGCCACUGCCACCAUUUCCUCAUCCCUUAUCGCUGUUGUUGACUAAGUGACACAUUUCCACCACUGACAGCCACUCACGACUUGCUCAUUUCAGUAUCAACACCAUUUCUACCACUUACUCAGCCCCUUAUCGCUUCUACUACUUCUACUACUACUACUACAACUACUACAACUAUUACUACUACUACUACUUUUACUACUACAACUGAGACGUGUUCCUCCUCAAUCCCACUAACUCAUACCUCACUUACUUAGCCUUUACCACUUCUACUACUACUACUACUAAGGAUCACUUCUUCUCACUACCACUAACUGAUACCUCACUACUCCUCUCACUACUACCACUACCAUCACUACUCACUCCCCACCUACUGUAAAGCUAUAUAGUCAUCCCUCUCUGACGCCAAAGACUUAUCCCCUAUCACCACCACUACUGCCAUUUACUUACUCAUUCCCGACCCUUGACUUACUCACCGCCACCACCAUGACAGUCACUUACACCCAGAAGGUAUCCGACUGUAAAGGAUUCGGCUCAUUCUGGCGUCUCCUCUUCAGGUGGCGCGGCAGCCUGUACAAGCUGGUGUGGCCCGACACGUGUGUGUACUGCGUGCUGUACUUCCUGUGCUCCAUGGUCUACAGGUUCGGCCUGGACGAGGCGCAGCGCAGGAUCUUCGAGCACGUUGCCCUCUACUGCGACUACUUCCGUAACCUGAUUCCCAUUUCGUUCGUGCUCGGCUUCUACGUGAGCGUGGUGGUACAGCGAUGGUGGGAACAGUACCUCUCCAUCCCCUGGCCAGACUCCUUCGCCCUUCUCUGCACAGCUUACAUCGGCGGCAGGGGCGUGCGGGAGAGGAGCAUCCGCGCCACACUCCUGCGCUACGUCAAUCUGUCCUGCGCUCUCACGUUCGCUGCCAUCUCGCCGCGAGUCAGCAAGAAAUUCCCGAGUUACAAGGAGCUGCUGGAGGCUGGCUACCUCACGCCGCGGGAGCUGAAGGUGCUACAGAACCAGAAAGGCAGGUCGUCCGCGCCGCUCACGACCCUGCCUCUGAUGUGGGGGUGCAAGCUGGUGGCGGGGGCGCGGGCGUGUGGCUACGUGACGGACGACCACGGCCUCAGACUACUGGUGGACGAGCUGACAAAACUGAGGGACAAGGCGGGGAUGCUGGUGCGCUGGACGGACAUUAGUAUACCCCUCGUGUACACUCAGGUGGCCACGAUGGCGGUGUACUCCUUCUUCUUCUUCUCGGUGGUGGGUCGUCAGUUCCUGGACCCGGGGCAGCAGUAUGUCAACAGGACCAUCGACUUCUUCGUGCCCAUCUUCACGCUGCUGCAGUUCUUCUUCUACAUGGGCUGGCUCAAGGUUGCCGAGUCGCUCGUCAACCCCUUCGGUGAGGACGAUGACGACUUCGAACUUGAAUGUAUCCUUGAGAGACACUUGAAGAUGUCGUACCUCCUCGGGGACGUCACACCGAGCGACGACCCGCUGUUUGAGGACGACGAGGACGACGCACAGUGGCACAAAGUGUUCCCGGGGGCGUUCCCUCUACCCACCGAGGACCUGGCUUUCCUCACACACAAGAACCGGCGCGGGGGAGGCGUCGGCAACGGCGGUGAGGCAGGAGGGGGGCUGGAUGCGUGCAGUAGCGGCAUCAGGAGGCAGGAGAGUGACCUUGAGACCGCCAUCCUGUGUCCUGAAGAGACUGACCUGCCGGACACAGCUCGACGUCACUCCACAACCACCACCACAGGAUACGGCAGCCCUCGCCUCCACCACCACCCUCGCUACCGAAGCGGCCACCAACCCCACCACCACCACCGUCACCAACAGCAGCACUCCACAUCCACCCCCACCACCCCCACGGGCAGCAACAUCAACCUGUGCCCUUCCCCCAGCAGUGCAACGGCGGGCCCCACCAUCACCACCACCAACCCCACCCCGCCACACAGCCCCAGAGAGGUCGAUGCGCCGCGGGACACUGAGAUGCACCACCACCCUGCCUCCACCGCCCCCCCCACCACCACCUCCAACACAACCGCCUCAACCACACUGCCUGACCACACCGCCCCUCCAGGUUACACCCCAACACCGAGCCACCCCGCCCCGCCCACCUACACCCCAGCAUCCACCCAGGGCCACACACCGCCACCCUACCCCCCAACCAGUAUUCCAGAUCACACCAUCCCAGCCAACCAGGGCCACAGCACACCUCCCUCUCACACCCCACCCGCCUACACCCCCAACCCCAGCCACCCCCUAGACCAGUGCGUGCAGCGGCGCGUGUCACACCCCACGCCACCCUCCGAGAGAUUCAAAAUCCCUUUAGAGGGGAUUGUCAACCCUAUGUACAUGGAAUAGCCGCCGCCACCACCACCACCGCCGCCGCCUCCACAACGCCCUCCAAGUCUCUGCACGGGUUCUCAAUCUGAGGCACGCAAGCCACCAUGACCACGCUCCAGGAAAUUUGGGGUACACAAUGUAUGACUCGAAGCACCUGUUUGAUGCUGAAGGCUGAUUUAGCCACAUGAUGGUGCUAGGAAAAAGAUAAAACGGAUUAACUGCUAAGCUCCUUGAACUUACCCCCGAUCUCUGUGUCGUACAACAGAUGACAGACUAAACCAACUUAAUAUACCGUUUCUGCUUUACCCUUCUAUUGAUCCACUGAGUGAGAGGUUGCGUAACUAGCACCAAAGAUUCCCAGUGUUAGCUACAAGAGCUGAAAAGGUUUGAAAGCCAGUGAUACGAGAUAUUGUGCAGUCCUGGUGCUUGCACUUGACAGUCAUUGUGAAACGAAAAUAGUUGCACACUGAGCAAAGGUGUUUAAGGCACUGUGCCACGAACCACAUCACAAAGUUGACAGGUUUUGAGAAUGUAUGAAUACCUCGCAGUCAUAAAAUUCUGGUCACUGAAGUAGUUCCUUACAUAGCAUGAACGAAUUCUGAUGUAAGUACCUUGCAUUCGUAUGUAUAGUCUUUAUUUAGAGCAGCAGCUCAGAUGUCAGUCGUGUAAUAAUUGUGACGCACAACCCAUUUUCUGCACGGUGCAGCAUACCGCACUUGGCUCUUGUAUGUUUCAUCCUAUUCUAAGAUUUUAUAUCAUUCUUUGUAUAUACAUAUGCGUGAUGCACAGCCGUACUUAUAAAGUCCAGUAUAUAUGCAUUAAGACAUUUCAGGUAAAUGUAGUCUUGUCAUAUAUUUCUAUAGAUAUAUAUUUAACAAUAUUGAUUUUUAAGGAAAACCAUACAUAGCAGUCUGAGCAUGUAUAGCACAAUACACAGCAUCUAAAUGUGUUGAGUAUAUAUUUACUUAUGUACAGUCUCAAGUUAUGCUAUAGGGCAGUAUUUUUAAGGAGUAAAC